AUGCGCGACAACGACCCCACCCAAGACUUAGGCCUUGAAUGUCCCUACGACAGUACCUUUCACAUCUGUAAAAACGACCCCAACCGGUUCAUCGGAUGCUGCGGCGUCAGCCCCUGCGGAGCCAGAAAGGGCCUCUGUCCUGACCAGCAUCUCUACGCGGCAAGCUUCGACAAAGCUUAUGAGGAUUACAUCCCAUCUCAAGCUUGCACCAACGACAAUGUCGAUGUUGCUUGGCAUGGUUGUUCCUGGUCCACAUUUUCUUUCAUAGGAUGUUGUGCCGUGGAUCCUUGUUCUGGUGGUUGUCCAAACCGGGAGUUGCGAGCAGCCAGGUUGAGCGAUAACUCCAAAAACGCGGAAGUGUUUCUUGGUCAAGGCUAUGACUAUCCUCCGGAGCCUAGUCCUACACCCAGUCCCAGCCGGAAUCCCGUUAUGAGUAGGAGUAUCAGUUCAGCUACAGCGAUUACAACUGCUGCCGUUUCAAGCUUCUUGACUUCAUACACCCUGAACCCGACUUCCGAAGCGGAUACUUCUUCGGUAGAAUCAGCAGCUCCUAGUCAUGAGAGCCAUGAUCAUUCCAAUAACGAUAUUUGUGUGAGCAAGGGCGGCUUAGCAGGGAUCGUGGUCACAGUUGUAUUCCUUGUCAUCGCAGCUAUAUGGAAGGUUUGUAAACACCAAAGUCGCAAAACCAGAGAGAAAGACGAUGAUGAAAAGUCGGACACGCUCAAAGAUGGACGGCUGCCGCUGAUACAACAGGGACAGGGAGUUCGAAGCAAGGCAACUCAGACUCCGGAUCAAAGCAAGCAUUGCCAAGUACAGCAAAAGUCUCAACCCGACACAUUUAACAGGUUCAACCAUCCAUACAUUCCGGGUUGGGGGCAGAAGAAGCCUGAAGCAGUUCAACAAAACGGAUACCUUCAACCCCCAUCUCCCGCCAUACCAUCCAGGAGUCCAUCACCCAGGAACGAUGAUGCGCUGCCAGCGUUCCCGGUGCCCUCAGGACUCCCAGGUGUCACUCGAAACAGAAAUCCCGAUUCUCGCCCCAGUUUUGAACUGGAAGGAAGUCCUGUUCCUGUUUAUCCUGUUAUAACAGCGCCUUCACCUUCAGCCAACCCCAAUAUUCAGAACGACACUGGGUCUCCAUACGAUUCCGUGUCUUAUACAAUCGGGCAGAUGAGAGUAACGAACGGUUACGCGUCUGAUAGAAGCAGCGACACUUCCAAGAUUGGUACUGGUUCUAGCGGGGGUGUGAGACUUCCAGACUCAGGUGCUAAGUUCGACUGUACGAGGAAGUGA